ACCAGUCGAAACAAACAAGCAACUGGAAAGCCACACGACCCGCUACUUUGAAAAAAAAACAGCACCAACUCAAAGAUUAUCUCGUCAGGGUCUGGCACCACAGCAUAUCCUCCACAGUGGGUGUAUAAAAGGAGACAACUGACAGAGAAUAUCAGAAGACCGCAGUGACAAAGUGAACGAGGUCCACGAUGAUCCCAGCCACCUUCAAGCUCUGCGCAGCCAUCUCUUACCAGCACGUCCGCACUCUGACAGGUUUGAGGCACACUGCUGUGGCAGCUCUCGGACAUACACUCCAUCAACUCAGCGUUCAGAAUCAAGGAGCCAGUUCAUGGGUUCGCCAGGUUCAGAGGAGGAGCUCCCUCAUCUCUUGCUGUUUUGAAGAGAAGCCGUAUUCUGAGGCAGAGAUGGCUUACAUUAAACAGGGUGAAGAAGCUCUGCACAAAUCUAUCUCCAUUCUGCAGGACACAAGUGGAUGGAAGUCUGAAAUCGAAGUGGCCAACGGUGAUAAAGUCCAGAGCAAAACGCUUCCAGAUAUUGGCAAGGUCUUCAAGCUUGAGGUUGUGAUGGACAAAUCGUCAGACCUGCUGUACAGUGAGCUGUUUGACAAGGUGGAACAGAUGGGAGAGUGGAACCCAAACGUUAAACAGGUGAAGAUCCUGAAAAAGAUCAACAAGGAAACAAUGCUGACUCACGAGGUUUCCACGGAGGCUGCAGGCAACCUGGUCAGCUCCAGGGAUUUUGUGAGCGUGCGCUAUGCCAAGAGACGGGGCUCGACGUGUUUCCUGGCUGGAAUGUCUACCCACUCAGACAUGAUGCCCAGGCAAGAUGGCAUCGUCAGGGCAGAGAAUGGACCCACUUGUAUUGUCCUCCGGCCCACUGCUGAAGACCCAACCAAGACCAGGUUCACGUGGCUACUCAGCAUUGAUCUGAAGGGCUGGUUGCCAAAGUCUCUCACCGACCAAGUUCUCUCCCAAUCUCAAGCUGACUUUGCCCAACAUCUCCGCCGUCACCUGGAUUCCAAUAGUGCUGCCUGUGCAUGCUGAAACCGUUGGUAUUACCUUCUCUUCCUCCACCCCCCCACCAGGCUGGUGAAAUCUCUCGUUCAACAGCCCACUCACAUGAGAUACUUUUCCUUAAAAUCCCCGUCUCUUCCUGCUUGUUUGAGGAACCCUGCAUUCCGUGGCCCUGAUUUGUGAUCGCUGAAACUGUGAAUGGAAUUUUCCAAUCUCCGAACAACUCUGGAUCUUUGGUCGACAGAAUUAUUCAAAGCUGCUGUACGUUACUUCAGGGCAGAAAGCUUCCAGGAGUUAUGUUGGGGUGGAGAGCUGUCCACUGGGUCUCUCGAAGUUACUGCACCAUUCAGUCAGGCUAAUCUGAGCAGAAGUUCCCUGCCUGCCUCCCGCUGAGUCAGAAUCUACGUCCACCUUGAAAAACAACACUCAAUGGCUCUGGUAGACCAACCGAUAGAGGACAUGUUACAAAGAUUCCACGUGAGGAGUAAAUGAUCCUCAUUUGAAUGGUUGAUCCCUCAUUAUCAAAUGUUAAACUGCUUGUUCUGAAAUCUCCCAUCAGGUGAAGCAUUCUCUCCCAAUCUUCUCUGUAUCCUGUACUCCAUCAAAUACACUUUCAAAUAUGGGCCAGCAGGGUAGCUCAGUGGUUAGCUCAACUACCUCACAGCACCAGAGACCUGGGCUCGAUUCCUACC